AGUCAAUAUACCUCGAUCGACUCAAGUCUAAUCUAGAUCAAUUCAUCUCUAUUGAACAUGUCACCAUCAAGAGGUGCGCCUUCGGAAGCACCAGCCCUAACAACUCCACCAUCAUCAUCUGCCACAACAUCCACCACCACCACCACCCACACUAAACAUAACCAUCCAAACAUCAGCAACGACGAUGCAGCAGUAACUCAACAAAGCAACUCCGCUCUCAAAAACGCGAAACGCAACUUCUCAUAUUUCAUGCACCCAAGCUCACCUAACGGCCCACGACCAGCUCGGCUCCGCACACGCGCUCUGCUCCGGACACUUCGAUACGUGACACAAUUCAUUUUCUGGCGAAUAGUACGCUGGGCCAAAUAUGUUGCAGUAGGCACGUUGGUGGCUGCGAUUGGAGCGACUGCAUUUGGGAGUGUGGUCAGCGGAGUGGCGUGGAUUGCGGCGCCGCCCACGAUUGGCGCCAGUGUUUUGGCGGCGGGGGUCUGGGGGACGGGGAAAUUCGCAGCUCGUAGAUUACAUGCGAGAUGGAAGUCCACUGGUGGAGAUGAGGGUCAGGCGUUGAGGGAUUCAAUCGAUGAUGGUCAGAGUGGUGUUAGGGUUGAUGGGGCAUAUGGGUUAGAUUUGGGGCCGAGGGCGGUUCCUUGGUGA